GGCAGAUAACGUGUAAUCCUCGAUGCAGCGCAUCGUCCGGUUUCAUGUCGAGCCUCUUCCAAGUUUGUUGUUUACCUUGAUGCACUCUCCGCUUUGCUACGUGCGAGACUCGUGAUAAUCGCAGGCUCAGCGUCCAAAAUACCUGUAACCGAUAUCGAUUUAACCGUCUUAGGCGCUUCCAUGGGGCAAAUUAGCUCACUCUUAAACAAAGUCCAGCCCAUGUCCAAGUCGCGCGAAGCCUCACGUUGAACAAGGUCCCAGCCCCCACGUUGGAAGUUGACGACUUCGAACGCAUUAUAUAGCUGAAGAGAUACUUCAAUGUCUCCCUCCCACUUGCGUUGAGCGUCGGAGCUCGUCGUAGGAUACCGCCGCCUCAACAACAUGGGCAACCACCAGAGCACCGCCAACCCCAACCGGUUGUCGAAACCGAAGACGAAUACGAAUUCUCCCAGCCAAUCUUUCAAAGUGGAUUCGCCAGUUUCGGUAUCCUCACGAUAUGCGGACCUGAGUGUGAAGGACCGACAUCAGAUUCGAGAGACCCUACUGUCGCCUGCUGAUACGGAGUUUGGGUCUCGGAUAGCUGCAGCUUUCCGGUCGAACAAGAACGAUGGCAUCGAUGAGACGGCUACAAAUACACGGGGACGACCGUUAUCGGUGAUAUCAAGAUCAAAUUCGAGGACCAACUCCAGGUCCAAUUCCCUAUCGUGCUUUGGAAGCAAACAUGGCUCGUCCACCAGGCUUGCUGGCUUGUCCGACUCCAAAGUUUCUUUGGCUUCACCCGCACCCGUGGAUCUAGAGGCGACUAUCAGGGUACUGCAAGAAGUCAAACGGUAUGGAUCCCCGGAAGAUCUUGCAGCUCUCCAUGAAGCAUUAGCGCCCUUGGAUACACAUACUGUACCGGUAGAAGAACACGGGCUCGGCCGAAGGAAUUCGGUGAUGAACAGAUCGUCAUCGUCACUAACAAGGCGGCGGUCCUUGAUCCAGACUCCAGGGAUGGCAACGCGGAACUCUUCUGUUGAUGGUCGUCGCAGUACAUGGAAUUCAUGGAAGACUCCAAAAAUUGAACCUGCCGAGGAAGCAAGGUGGAGGUCCAAUUCAAAGGCAGCUUUCCCCUUGAACCGCCUGGCAGCGGCUAAGGACAGCGGCGACACCCCAACGCCUCGAGCGCAGACUCCCAGUGAGAUGGAUUACUCACACUUGGGAAGUUUAAAGCUAGGCUCCCUCGUGGUGACUAAUGGAGCCCCGUCGCCCGCACCCAGUGCGAAGUUCUCGAAGCAAAGCUCUCGUCUUGCUGGACAGGAUGACUACUUUUCGGCGGUAGAGGCCGACUCCAGCCCUCUGAUGAUGAAGACCACAAGAAGACGUGGGCACGUGAAGAGCAAGUCGUCCGUGCUUCCUACAACCGUUCCACUUCACAACAAUCAGCCAUCCGAUAUUCGACCGGGAACAGGGACUGCUAAAGCUCUACGUAUCACAAACAACAGCGUAGACACUCUUGCACAUGACGCAAACCGGCUUGCUCAAAGCUAUCAGGCAGAGAUUCCCACUAGCCCAUUCGGAAAACAAGCCGAGGACCAUAGGAUGGACCAGGACGAGGGAUUUGUGUCAGGCAGUCCUACAUUCGGCGAAGAAGGAGUCGGAAUGCUCGAUAGUACUAUCAUCGGCAAGCCUACAUCUACAGUUGAGGUGUCAGAUCCAGUAACUUCUUCUAAAACUCCACAUGUACUCGCACCAGCCCAACAGAGACCUAGAGCACCUCAACGCCCACCACCACGCACAUCCGAUUCAGGGUACUCAUCUGGUGGCAGUCUUCGACUAGUCAAUCGGGAACAACACAAGGACGCCUUGCCAAAAUCAAAGCAGCGCAGUGACUCGCCGCUAAAAGGAGAUAGUGCAAAAGUCGAGCAACCGGAAACCUCUGAUAUGUCUCAAGCCGUGACUUCUGAACAACCUCUAUCACCGACUAUACAGACUUCCCAGGCACGACGACGGCCACUAUCCUUGAAGAUUCUGAAUCACUCCGCAAGAUCUUCAGUUAGGUCCUCAGCAUCAGAGAGUAUCCUCUCACCUCAGACGCCACAAUCAAUUACCUCGAAGACGUCGUUUGACAGCACGUCUUCGACAAGCCACAAGCGGUCGCAAAGGAGAGGCCAGUCACACGCAGAACCUCCCGUAGUCCAGUCUUGUCAACCUAUCCCAGAAGGAACGAUUCCGGAUGUUCCAGACAACGUGCGAGCCAAGUUUGUUCGACGCUUGUCCCACACUCCAGGGAUGGAGUGUCUAACGCAUACCUAUCCUACCAAAGACCACAUCCUCGCAAAUGAGCCCGCUUCCGAUGGUCCUUUCACAGUCUCGACUAUACACAAUCAGCUCGCUGAACUUGAACCAGACCGACCCCCGACGCCUCCUGCCCAUGGCCGUCGAAUGAGCUUUUCUAUGUUUCGCAGGAAGUCGACCGUGGAGGAUAAAGAGGUCGAGGGGGAAGCUGAUGACAGUUCACUCGGUGUUGUCGAUCUAGGCACAAUUGCAUCAGCACUUGGUAGUUCUCCUUAUGAUGCUGCGAUGUCUGGUCUCCAGAGGAACCCCACAACAGCUCGUACUCACCCACACCAACUCGGCAAGGCACUACCUCGAGCGAAGUCCAUGGUAAACAUGGACUCUGAGGCAGCUGCAGAAUUUGCGCGCCUGCGCAGUAAGGACCGGGCCUCUGUUCCACAAGAAUUAUCUCAGCAACGACGGCGAAGCUACCACAACCUGAAGAUGGACGCGGGUGAGGCUAAAGCUUCCAAGCGACGUCCACAAAGCUUUGAUAUCCCUCCAGUGCCGGCUAUUAAUGCCUCUAGGCUUUCGCCUCCGCAGUGCGCCAGGCCUCGAUUAGAAAAGGGCGGCCAAGAGCAAGAGGAGACCAAACCAGACAUGAGCUCCAGCGCCCAGUCUCGCGAACGAGGUCAAAUAGUGCCCCAAGUGGUGGAGAAGUGUGACGAUGACAGACCACGCUCUUCUCAACACGAGGUUGAUUGGGAAGCGCACGCCCAAACCUGGAGGCAGCGUCGCAAGUCUAUAGGCGAGGGUUUACGUGCGAAGGCUGCUCCCACGACGGAGGACAUGGCGAGCUGGGGACGCUAUAGCGGCGGCUUAAGCUACGGCUACGAAGGCCGUGGGGUCGGCAUCGGUGGCUCAGCCGGGACGCGAUCGCAGCACAGCGCAGCAAGCAACAAGAGCCUACCUUGGAGACAUCAAUAUGGCGUGGACCUGUCUGAUGUGCCUGUCAUGCUUCAGAGGGUGUAGGUAAGGCGACCGUUUUUUUCUUCUCUAUUUUUCUUGAUAAGCUGCUUGGGCAGCGUUGCAUGCACGCACCAAUGUUGCAUUUUAUGAUUGUCCCAGCAUUUACACACAUACCCAACGUACACAUAGCGGCAUUUUCAGGCAUCGGGGGAUACGGGCGUUGGGCCUCUUUCAGUACAUUGUGCAUAGCGGUACCUAGAUGCCCACGAAUCAAGCAACCAUUCGGCAAUUCCGCCCAUGCAGCUGCUGCGGUUGCACAUGCAAACAUGACAAGCUGCGUACAGUGCUCGCCAAGUUACCGUAUGUCGUCCAACGUUGCGGUGAAAAAAAAAAGG